AUGUGCUGCUCCUUUUUCGACUUCGGUCUGGGUUUAUGCGCUGCCGACGCGGAGAAAGUGGCAGCCGAACCUUGCUACUAUUGCGUUCAACAGAACCCGCAUGUUUUGAAAGAAGCAAUAGAGAACAACUUUGAACCAGCAGAUAAAGAGGAGGAUAAAGAGCUUCGCCGCCAGCUCUACCGCCUCCUAAAAGAUAUGUCGGAGGCCCCGGCUGGGGAGUUCAUCUGCUUCUUCCGUCGGCUCGACCAGCGUAAAUUCGACGUCAAUAACGAGUGGGUCGACAACUGGUUUAAAGAAUUACUCAAAGGAAUAUUACUGCAUAAUAAGAACAAUAAUACACUACGCUUCGAACAUAUCGUCCAUUGCGAGACAGUAGAGGACUCGUUGGAGCUCUGCAAGGAAUGUGUCGAAGUCAUGCGCGAAGAGGUUGAGGAUUAUAUUGAGACGAAGGAGUCUGAGGAGCAGAAGAAGUUGUUCACUAAGGAUGGAAGAGUCACCUUUGAGUGUAUGAUGCAGGACAUGCCACAGGAGAAAGAUCUGGCUGGUUUGUGGGAAGAUCGAUUCGAGGACGAUGGUCCUCAAAGCUGUCAGCGGGUGCUUGGGAAACACCAAAUAUGCGCUAGCGACUACGAAUUUUAUCAAAAGAAGCCAAGCGGUAAAGAGGUCAUUGAUAAAUACUUUGACGAAGAUCGCGUAAGAAGAAGCGUACCCACUGGGCCAUAG